GAAAUUUAACAGGCACACAUACACAUUUGCCCGCUCGCCAACGAAAUAAUCGCUUUAAAUUAUUUAUAUUUUUGAGAAUUUUAUGUAAUGGAUAUUUUGCCAGAGGUCGGGACUGUCAAUGAGGUCAAAGAGUUGAAAGAGUUGAAGGAAGUUAAAGAAAUUAAUGAAGUUAAAGAGACAAAACAGGAAGGAGACCAAAAAGAUGAUAGUGAUGUGGUCAAAAUGGUUAAGGAGCCUCGAAAAAUGCCGCGUCGCAAGCGUGAGCAGGACAAACAGGAGAUACAUGUUGUUGUUGGAACAACAGCUGGAAGGCCAAAGCCGCCAAAAGCGGAUACUAAAAAACUACGCAAGAAACUCCUUGAAUUUGAACAGGAAAACCAAAGUCUUGCCAAGGCGAUUACUGACAAAAACCAGGAAAUUUCUGCUUUAAAGCGAUCUGUGGACUCGCUGAAUGAAGUCCUGAACUCGGUGCCCAUAGAUGAGCUGCGUUGUAACUCAUCCAUUGCGGGCUCAAAGAUUCUGGAACUGAGCAAAAAGAAUCGCCAGAUGCGUGCUGAACUGGAGCAGUUAAAGAAUCGUGUCUGCAAGAAGGACAUGCACAUUGAAAAGCUGGAAAAGGAGCUAAAGACCAAUGAAGAAAAGCUUGCGGUGAACGGAGAGCUGCUUAAGAAAGGAAAUGCGACCGAUGAGCUGCAUGCCAAGAUCAACAGUAUGCAGCAGAAGAUCUUUGAGACCCGCAACAAGAAUACGGAACUGCAGAAUCAGCUGAAGUUGGCCCAAAAGUGUUUGCAGCACGAGAUCGGCGAGAAUGUCAACAUCAACCUAUUGGCCAACAAUUUGAAUCAAGCCACUUGGCGCGGACGUGCCCAACAGAUUAUAUCAUUGCAGCAGAAGGUACAAGAACUCAAAGCACGUCUCGAGUCCUUUGAGAAUGGAGCCGAGCGCGUCGAUUACAUGCCAAUUACACUAGGCUCCGAUAUGGACCUGGCCAGUAAUAGUGGCACUAAGAUGACGCCUCGUAGCGUCAAGCAAUCUAUAAAUUCUCCGGGCAGAGGCAGCACUACGGCCAGCUUGGGUGGCGGAGAUGCUGGGGUCGCCUCCUUUGACCGUUUUACGCCGGGUGUCCGCAAGAGCGAGAUUCUACACCGAGCGAAAGUCGAGGGACUUGAGAAACAAAUUGCCGCUCUGCAGGCACAGUUGGAGGAGCAAGGCAAACGCCUCCUGGCUCUCAAGGUGCGCAACAAGACGCUCAACGAUGAGAUGACCAAGUACAAGGCACGAGCCACCGAGUUGGAGGAACAAUCCGACGGCAGUGGCUUGAACGCCUCUACAUUGAGCGAAAAACUGAAAACUCAGCGGGGUCAAUACGAGUCUCGUCUGGAGGAUAUGCGAAAUGAUGUGAUACGCAUUUCCGAAGAACGUGACAUUGCCAAACGACAGAUGGAAGAGCUGAGUGGCAUGAAUCUGGAGCUGGAAACAGAGCUUAAGCAGAAGGAGCACUGCAUCACGGGCCUCCAGGAGAUGAUCAAGAAACUGGAAACCGAUUUGCGUGCGGUAACUGGAGGAUUUCUGUUCUCCUGCCGCGAGUUUCGUAAGGAAGAAUUUGUGGGUAUUCUGGAUGCCCUCGAAGUGGAAAAGAAUCAAAUGAUGCUAAUGAAUAAGACUUUGGAUGAACGCCUGGAAGCUGAGCGUGUUAAGAACGACGCGGCCAAUGACCAAAUAGCCAAGCAGAAGACACGCAUCGCUCGCUUGGAGGUCAAGGUACGUGACCUGGAGAAGGACCUCGAUGUGCAAACAGACCGCAAGAAGCGUUCCCAGCGCAUUAACGACUAUGCCAACGCCUUGGGUCGCACUCCGCUGACGGGUUCCAUUAGUUCCUUUAGUUUUGACAAUCAGUCGCAAUAUACAUCGGCCACUUCUCUGAAUUCCCUGACAGCAACAGGGGAGCCAAAGAUUGAAGAUAUGAAGAAUCAAUUGGAGCUGGCCAACGAGAAGAUAACCAUGUUGACUGAGAAAUUAGAUUAUUUAUCGGCCGAGAAGCGUGCCGAUGCCAAGUUCUUUGAGGAGACCAUGUUCAACUCCAAGAACAUAAUAUUGGACACCAUUCUAGGCUCCCGCAUUGGCUCCGAUCCGAAAGUGGACAUUUUGCCCGAGGUAACAACUAGCGACAGUGUCUAAAUAACGUUUAUUUUCAUUUAUUAUCGUUUCGUUUUCAUAUAUAUUUCUAUGUGCCGGAAAAUCCAUCGAUUUUCCGUCUAUGGAAUUCAAUUAAAAUAAACAAAGAAAAAGGAAAUUA